CACCCCUGGCGCUGCCCGAGGGGCGGGGCCGGCGCUCGCGCUCCCGCCCGGUCACUCAGCCGCUGCCGCCGCCAUGUUAGGAAAGAGCCACAUCCGGGCACCCGCCCCGCCCCGCCCCGCCCUCGCCUCCGUUGCCGCGGCAACGGGCACCGCCCCCUCGGGGAGGGCGGGGCAAAAAGGCGGCGGGAGGCCCCGCCUCUUGGCCCCGGCACCCCACCCACCCGCCCGUUCCUCGCUCCGCCGCAGCGAUAGGCGGAGGCCGCCGUCGCUCUGAGGGCACCGCCCAAUCGCGAGGCGCAGAGGGCGUGCGCCGCGCGGCGAUUGGCGGAGACCACGAGUGACUCAUGGAGGCGGGGAAAAAGGAGGGGCGUGGCCAGGCUUAAAGGAGACGCGUCCCCAGAUAAGCGGCAGGGUGGGGCUGUGCGGUGCUGCUGCCCUUGUGCUGUAGCGUCAUCGGUGCGGGUGCUGACGUCAUCUGGCAGAGAUGCGACGCGCCGACCCGCGGCGCGGCGCGGCGUGAUGCCGGCGGCGAGGAAUGGGGCAGGCGGCUCUCCGGGAGCCGAACCGUGGCGGCGGCGACGGCGGCGCGUGCCGCCCGCUCGACUUGAACCGGGCGCCGGACGAGGUGCUGGUGCUGAUCCUGAGCUGGGUGCCGGCGCGGACGUUGGUCACCCGCUGCCGCCUGGUGUGCCGGCGCUGGCGGGCCGUGGCCGACGACCCCGCGGUGUGGCGGCUGCGGCUGGAGCGGGCCGGCCGCUCCGCCUGCCUCCGGGCCGCGCGCUUGAGCCCUCCGCCGGCCGCCGCCGCCUGGGCUCGGCUCUGCGUGCUGCGGCCCUUGGACCGCAACCUCCUCCGCAACCCCUGCGGCACCGAGAAUUUCGCCCACUGGUGGGUCCAGAACGGCGGUGACGGCUGGGCGAUAGAGGAGAACCGGCGUCCGCUCCCGGGAGCCCCGGCCCAGACCUGCUUCGUCUCCUCCUUCGACUGGUGCAGUAAAUCGCAGCUCGUCGACCUGCUGGCGGAGGGGCUCUGGGAGGAAUUACUUGACGCCUGGCAGCCCGAGAUCCACGUUUCCGACUGGUGGGGCUCCCGGGAGGACUGCGGCUGCGAGUAUUCCCUCCGCGUCCGGCUCCUGGCCGCCGACCGCCGCUCCGUCCUCGCCACCUUCGAGGCUCGGCCCGAACCCGUGCAGCAGUGGAACGACCAGCGGUACCAGCAGGUUUCGCACGUCUUCCGCCGCUACGGCCCCGGCGUCCGUUACGUCCACUUCCGCCACCGGGGCAAGGACACGCAGUUCUGGGCCGGCCGCUACGGCGCCCGCGUCGCCCACUCGGCCGUGGUGGUGCGGCUCGGCCCCCGCCGGGACCGGGACCGGGACCGGGACCGGGACCCGGACCGGGAGGCCGCCGCCGCCCCCCUGCCGCCCGCCGCCGGCCCCGGCGCUGCUCGCCGGCCCCCUCGCACCCCGGCCCCGCCGCUUGCCGGUGCUGUCGGCCCGUAAGAUGGCGGGCAGCGCUCUGCUGAGGACCGUGGCCUCGCUGCGGGGCUG